AUGCACGUGGCCAUGCUCUACAAGAGCAGUAUCUUUGCCAUGGUGAAUCAGACCUUUGAGCCCUCAGGGGAGCCCUCACAGGGCUGCAGGAACAAGGUUCAAAUCUGGGAGGAACGCAAGCAGAAGGUGGUGGCAGAACUCCGCUGUCGCAAUGAGGUCAAAGGCGUGUGCUUGCAUAGGGACAUCAUUGUGAUGGUUUGCGAGUAUGUCAUCUACGUCUACACUUCGGGCGAUGUGAAGGAUUGGUUGAGCAUAAAUACAGUAAUCCUUCAUCUGGACACCGGCUCCAACAAGUUGGGCCUAUGUGCCCUGGCCACAGGCAGUGAUCCCUGGCUCUUGUGCUGCCCAGCCCAGAUGCUUGCACACCAGUCAGGGCUUGCAGCGCUGGCCCUGAAUGCUUCGGGCUCCCUGGUGGCCACUGCAUCAGAGACGGGCACAGUGAUGAAGGUCUUUCGUACCGCGGACGGCGAGGCGCUGUACAGGUUGCGCCGGAGCACGCGGCCGGCGUCGAUCUCAAGCUUGGCCUUCCGGCCCGAUGACUGCUAUUUGGCCGUGGCGUCUUCUUCCGUCACGGUGCACAUCUUCAAGCUGGACAACGCCACAGCCACGGAGGUGGAUGAGAAGACUGACAAGGAGAACUCACUGGCCUCCUCGCCAGCCUUGGAGCCUGCUCCAGACCCCCAAUGGCCCAGCCCUUUGACAGCUUUGCAGACCUUGCAGUCGAAGGCUGCUGAAGCUGUUCGAGGCCUCACUCCACAGUACCUGGCCGACCUACGCAGCUUUGGGCAGUUCCGGCUCCCGGACAUGGAUGGUGGGACUCCAGCGGUGGACACCCGUAGCAAGCAAGCGACCAUUGCUGGCCCCAUCCUUGCUUUUCACAAGACCGAGCCACGACUCUACAUUUUGCAUUAUAAUGGCUUCCUCUAUGAGUGCAGCUUCCAGCCGGACUUCGACCCCAAGGCGACCCAGGAAUGCAGCUUCAUCUCAGCCACCACCUGGUUUGCGACCCGCCCUGAUUUUAAGGUGUCGAAACCCAUCACCGAGUUGAGGACAGAGCCCGGGGGGUGA